AUGGCAAGAAAGAACAUAUCGUCCGGUUCUGCCUUCGAAGCUGAAAUCGGCUAUUCCCGCGCCGUUGUCACAGGGUCUUGGAUUCUCGUCUCAGGAACCACUGGCUAUGACUACGCCACAGGAGUCCUCGGCUCAUCAAUCAUCGAACAAACGGAACAAACACUCAAAAACAUCGAAACGGCACUCCAAGAGGCCGACGCGACCCUCAAAGAUGUCGUGCGAGUGAGAUAUAUUCUACCGGACAAGAAAGAGUUUCCCUUGAUAUGGCCGGUGUUGAAGAAGGCUUUUGGUGAUGUCAGACCAGCGGCAACUAUGAUCCAGGCAGAGUUAAUGAAGGAUGAGAUGAGGAUCGAGAUUGAGGUGACGGCGAGGAAAGAGGCGAGAGAGGGUAUUGUAGGGCUCGAUGCACCACUGUGA